UACAGAAAUUUUCUUCAACAAGGGAGCAGAGGAUCCCAAGCUCGUUCUCCACCUCCUGUUGCAAACUAACGAACCAUGGAGCUUCCGAACCAAAACCAGCCCCCCACCUUUCCAAAUAUAGCCUCGGCCAUCGCGCGCAACGAGGUAAUAAGAAUAUGAACGUUAGUCCCGCCCUGUCUUCCACCACCCAUCUCCCUUGGCCGGCAGGACACUAAUGGCGGAGCUCGACGCGGCCCACGCCCCACGCCUCCAGAGGCCGCCUGGCUCCGCCUACACCGACGACGACGGCCCCCCGCCGGGGCCCCUCCCAAAGCCACCCGGCCACGCCGAGCGCCCCACCAACCCCCACCCCGACCACCACCACCCCAUCACCAUCUUCCCCGAACCCAUUAAGCCCGCAGACAAGAAGAAGAAGACCUCAACUCCCAAAGGCAGCUCCUCCUCUGCCGGCGAUGAUCGCCCCCGCCGCCGCCGCUCCUGCUGCUGCCUCUGCUGCAUCUGGUCCUUCGUCGCCUUCAUCGUCAUCCUCGUCCUCCUCGCCCUCUUUUCCGCCCUCAUCUACGCCUGGCUCCACCCGAAACUCCCCGAGUUCCGCGUCGAAAAGCUCGGUGUCAGCCGGCUCAACGUGUCGGAGAAGGCGGGGCACGCUGUGCUCGACGCCGGCUUUGACGUGGCGAUCGCGGUGCGGAACCGGAAUGACGCGGUGCGGCUGGAGCACGGGAUUAUGAAGGUGGGGGUGUUCGCCGGCGACGACGUGAGGCUGGGGAAGGGGUCGGCUCCAGGGUUCCGGCAGGAGGAGAAUAACAUGACGGUGGUGGCAGUGGAGACCAGGGUGACGAGGAUGGCGGUGGAAAGCGCGGCGGGGAAGGCGUUGGAGAGGAGGUACAAGAGCAAGACGCUGGAGGUGGACGUGGUGGUGGAGACGGAGGAGCGGGCGGUGGUGGGGAACUGGCGCUCCGCCUGGAUGCCAGUCAAGGUGGUGUGCGCCGACGUCAAGCCGUCCCGGGACCACAACGGGGCUGGGUCCAGAUGUGGCAUCCGUUUGUUUGGAUAUCACUGAGCGGAGAAGAAAGUUCUUACUUCUGGGCCUGAAAGGGAAGAACAGAAUGUUAUGUUCUCUUGGACAGAUUGCUCAGGGGCAACCAAGGGUCCAAUCUGCAUGUUUCAUAAAAGAUGGAGACAUUCUUUGUUUUCUAAUUGUGAGAAGUUAUUGUAUCAUUAACAGCGAGCAGAAUGAAGAUAGGCCUUUGGGUUUCUAAACUGGCAAGUCUGUGCAGUAAAUUGUAUGUUGUAUAUUACGAGGACUUCUUACUUGAUGGUAAGAACACUGAAGGAUAAACUUUUUGUAACUAGUGAUGAAUCUAAUUGGUCUUCUACUACAUCAUUGUCCCAUAACUUAUUGAUUUGUUUGUUAAGGUGGGGAACCCACAAAUUGUACACAAAACCCUAUAUGUUCAAUUAAAACAUGCUCAUGAAUAUCUAAAUUAAA